AUGCUGCGAGUCGGUGCAUUUUCUUCGCCGACAAAUCUAUUAAAUACGAGCGUUGCUAUGCUAUUAAGUCAACUUGCAUCUUCAACUAAGACGGCCGACGACGUUUUUCGUAAAGGCAUAGUUGCAAAUAACCUUUUAAUAAAGACUCGCCGUGCUCUUGCUUUUCGUGUUAGUAAUGCUUCUUCUUUUUUUCGAACUCGUAUCGCCGCUGCUUCCUUUGCCGCCGCUAAUGCUAAAGGUCUUUUAGCUAGCUUAGGUCCCGUCUUAGCGUUACGCUUACUUGCCGCCGCUGCUACCGCCGAUCUAGCUUCGUUAGACUUGCUGCGUCAGAUCUUAGCUAUAGUAGAUCGAAACAAUACUUUGCUAAGUAACUUUCUUAGCCGCCACUUCUUACCGCGAAAAGGCUUCGCCGAAGUGUUCGUUAAGCUUUUAAUCGCGGCAAUACCGGUAGUUCUUUUUCGCGAGGUUCUAGCCGUAGCAAUACUCGUAGUUUUACGAAAAGUUCGAGUCGUGGCAACAUCGGUAGGACUUCGAAGAAUAAGAGCAAUGCUUAAAGUGCUGCGAAGAGCUCUCGUACUAUUUUAUUUAGCCUUGAGUUGUGAGGUCGGAAGGGUUUUUAUCGCGAGUCGGCAGCUUGCUAAGUAA